AUGCGAAUCAUCUUAAGUGUAAUUGCAGGUUUCUUUUACAUGUGUCGUUUGGAUUAUUCACCAUUGGGAAGAAAACUUGAAAUAUUAGAUUCAGGAUUUGCUGCUUAUUGUGGUUUUAUUCAUAUCGAAGCAACACAUCGAAAUCCGAUCAUGUUGACAAUGGCCAGUUAUUUGUAUGGAGAAAUGAAAAGAAAACAACACUUAACAGAUAAUUCAAUGAUGGUGACUUCGAUUGAAAGAAAACGUGAAAAGAAUUCAUCAAACGCAGUUCGUCGAUGGCAUUUAGCAGUUCUUUUAUUACGAAAUCCAUCCUUGGUAUUGUUGAGAAAAAGUGCUCUUGCUGCAAAAGAAGAUA